ACAAGGAUGUGUACAAAGACGCCAUGAUGGAGGAGCACCAACCUCUUAUAUCACAGGAGAAUGCCAUUAAGGAAUUUGAGGAAAAACUAAUGUUAUCAAGAAAUUAUAAAGCAGAAGAUGAAGAUAUCAUGCAGUGCUCCUCAAAAGUAAACCAUAAUGUACAUCCAGGACUUCACAGUACAGAUAUGUCAUACAAUUCUCCUAAUCAUGAGGAACCUUCUCCUGACCAAUCGCAGAUUGUUUCCAGAAGUACCAGUCAAAAAGGGGGUAAAAGAGGUGGUAAAGCGUUCACAAACAGAUUAGAUCUUUCUACAUACAGAGGAAUUCACACAGGGGAGAAGAUAUACCCCUGUUCAGAAUGUGGGAAAUGUUUUACACGUAAAUCAAGUAUUGGUAGACAUAAGAGAAUUCACACAGGAGAGAAGCCAUAUUCCUGUUCAGAUUGUGGGAAAUGCUUUAAACAGAAAGGACAUCUUGGUAAACACCAGAGACGCCAUACAGGAGAGAAACCAUAUUCAUGUUCAAAAUGUGGGAAAUGUUUUGCAGAUGACACAAGUCUUAUUAGACAUGACAGAAUUCACACAGGGGAGAAGCCAUAUUCAUGUUCAGAAUGUGGGAAAUCUUAUGCAAAUAAAUCACAUCUUAUUACACAUGAGAAAACUCACACAGGAGAGAAGCCAUAUUCAUGUUCAGAAUGUGGAAAAUGUUAUACAAGUAAAGCACAUCUUGUUACACAUAAGAGAAGUCACACAGGGGAGAAGCCAUAUUCAUGUUCAGAAUGUGGGAAAUGUUUUACAGAGAAAGCACUUCUUGUUACACAUAAGAGAACUCACACAGGAGAGAAACCGUAUUCAUGUUCAGAAUGUGGGAAAUGUUAUACAAGUAAAUCACAUCUUGUUAAACAUGAGAAAAGUCACACUGGGGAGAAGCCAUAUUUAUGUUCAGACUGUGGGAAAUAUUUUAUAGAUAAAUCAAGUCUUGUUACACAUAUGAGAAUUCACACAGGAGAGAAACCAUAUUCAUGUCCAGAAUGUGGGAAAUGUUUUAUAUUUAAAUCAAGACUGAUUACACAUGUGAGAAUUCACACCGGAGAGAAACCAUAUACAUGUUCAGAAUGUGGAAAAUGUUUUACAGAUAAACCAAGUCUUAUUACACAUGUGAGGAUUCACACCGGAGAGAAGCCAUAUUCAUGUUCAGAAUGUGGGAAAUGUUUUAUAGAUACAUCACAUCUUAUUAGACAUAAGAAAAGUCACACAGGAGAGAAACCAUAUCCAUGUCUAGAAUGUGGGAAAUGUUUUACAGAGAAAUCAAGUCUAGUUACACAUGAGAGAAUUCACACAGGAGAGAAGCCACAUUCAUGUUCAGAGUGUGGAAAGUGCUUUACAAAUAAAUCACAUCUUGUUAGACAUGAGAGAUAUCACACAGGAGAGAAACCAUAUUCAUGUUCACAAUGUGGCAAAUGUUUUAUAGAUCAAUCAAGUCUUGUUAGACAUGAGAAAAUUCAUACAGUUAUACAGCUAUAUACAGUAAAGCCAAACAAUAUAACUAUGGACGAUUCACAGGUUUCCUUUCAGGUUGUAUAUUUGGAUAUUAAAGGUCCAUCGAUGCCACAUGAUGGUUUCUAGGAAACAUCUGGUAAAUCCUGUAUAGGAAGAUAUGUAUUUUUAAUGAUAUUUUAAAUCUUACAGUUAAAGCUGUAUUCUCAUCUUGCAACUUUAUGGCAUAGGCUGAGAGAGGUGGCAUGGUGUACAGAUACAGCCAAGCUCACUGUUAUUCUGUUUCAUCAACUCCCAUUCAUUUAUUUUGGUUGAAACAGUAAUACAGCUACUUUGGCUGUUUACAGAUACAGUUCCCAAACUUGGGACCCACAUCUUGGUUGUCUGAAAUUAAAAUAAAACAAUGUUGUUUUUUUAAUUAUAUUGAAGAUAAGGUUAUGUAGCAUUGCCCUGAAGUGAAAUCCUGUGUGACUAUCUACUGCUCGGACUUGUUCCUUGUGCUCCCAUCUGAAGAUGUGUUGAAGGAAGAAUUUAAAUUAAGAACACUCCGAGUUCCUCGAGGUUCUCUGUAACUAACCAUUUAGCGUACCGGUAAAUUGUCAUAGACUGGAAUAUUUUUGUCCUCGACGAUUGUUUAACAAUAAAGGGGUUUUA